AUGCCUAAAUUAUCAAAAAAGAACCGAAAAAGUUUAAACAAUGACGAUAUCGUCAAUCUGGAAGACGAGUUUGGAAGUGCGCCUUCCAACUUAAAUGCCGCAAACGUUCUUACAGCGAAAAGAAACACCGUCUACAAUCGCGUGGAAACAAUUUUGAAGACCUUUGAGAAGGAUCUCUCAGCAGAAAACUCAAGUCAAUUCAAGAUUUUCUACGAAAGACUUUCAACUUAUCAAGAACAAUUUGAUGAGCUUCAGGCGGAAAUCCUCAGCUUAAACGCUUCGCUCCCAGAUGACACUCAAAUUGAGUUCAAAAGAACUCAAGGAAAAUUCGACAGCAUGAUACACUCUGCGGAAACGCUGUAUCUCUCGUGCUGUCCGAAAAUCGCCGAGACCGUGAGCCAUGACUCCUCCGCAUCCAGCGGAGCCUCGCGCGGCCGAAUCCAACUCCCGAAAUUGCCUUUGCCGCGUUUUUCGGGUAAAUUAGAAGAUUGGCGCUCCUUCUACAAUCUCUUUGCAGCUUCGGUGCAUAACGAGAAAGAGUUGCCCACAGUGAGGAAAUUUCAAUAUCUCUUAAGCUCCCUUGAAGGUAGCGCUCGGGACCUAGUCAAAGGUCUUGACAUAACCGAAACAAAUUAUGACGUAGCGUGGAAACUUUUGUGUCAACGCUAUCAGUGUGAACGUCGUCAUAUUUACUACCACUACAAUGGACUUUUGGGACUGCCAGAAAUUAAGGAUUUGAAACACAUUCCGAACUUCCUCACGAAAGUGCGUGAACAUACGCAAGCACUUAAAGGAUUGGAUCACAAACUUCAAGAUUAUUCAUCCAUGCUGACAGCUGUGAUCACCGCCAAGAUGUCGUUUUAUUUCAGAAAACGCUUCGAUGGCUAUCGCGGUGCAGAUGUAAAAUACCCUAAACUUGAGAGCAUUCUCGACUUUCUCGAAAAAGAGUGUCUGCAGAUCGAAAGCUCUUCCAUGGAUUCUUCCAGCAACAAGGCUCAGGCGAAGGAUUCACAAGUUUCCAGGGGUACCAACUCAACAUCAAAUCCGUCAAAAUCGCACAAUAGUUCCCACAAGGUUUUUCUCAACAGUGAAAUAGUUGAGUCUACAAAUACUUGUGAAUUGUGCUCUGGGAAUCACGGCCUGUACAAAUGCAAUAAAUUUAAGCGCCUUUCUCCAAGCGCGCGAAAAAGCAAAGUAAUCGAAUUACGCAGGUGUACCAACUGCUUAUCUAAAAAGCACGAAACUGCUGCCUGCGCUAGCGAAUAUUCCUGUCGAUUUUGCAAACAACAGCAUCAUAGCCUACUGUGUUCAAAUCAACGGAAAAACGUCGAUGGAGCAUCCAAUUCUAAUUCGCCCCCGGAGAACAUUAAAGUGCAUCUUUCCUCAGAGUUUGACACUCUGCCGUCUCGAAAUUUCACUUCUCUCCUUGGUACUGUGCUUCUCAACGUUAAGUGCCCUGAUAACUCGUAUAAACCUGUGCGAGCAAUCGCAGACAGUGGCGCUAUGUCAUGUUUCAUCAGUUAUGAGUGCGUUAAGCGCCUUCAAUUACCAAUGUAUGCAACCGACGCUGAAAUUUCAGGUAUCGGUAAUCAAGCGGUAAAACCUCUCGGCGAAGUGAAAUGCACGCUGAAACCUCGUCAAAAUUCCGAGCCGAUACUCCAUGCUCGUGCCACCGUUCUCUCUACAAUCACAGACUUAAUUCCUACUCAACCUGUCACGCCCGAAGUUCGAAAAUUUUGGAGUCAGCUUGAACUCGCGGAUCCAGCUUUUGACCAAGUCGGCGAAAUUGACAUGAUUUUAGGAGCUGAUCUUUUUCCCUAUAUUCUCACGGGGGAACGAAGAUUGACCGAGAGAAAUGGCUGCGCCCUACAGAGCAUUUAUGGUUGGAUAAUUAUCGGCCGAGUGAGCACAUCGAAAAAACCGAAAAGGCAAAAGCAGAAAAGCUUUUUGUCCAUCGAUGGUCUGCCACUCAGCGCAGAUUUUAAGAAAUUUUGGGAAACAGAGGAGCCACAGAAACAUCAUGUGAUGAGUCCCGAUGACAUCUUUUGUGAACAACAAUUUGAAAAACUUCACUAUCGCCAACCUGAUGGCCGUUACGUGGUUCCGCUCCUCCUGAAAAAUCCUAAUCCGGUGUUGCCAAAUUCACGCGCAUUACCCGAAAAGCGUUUGAAAUCUGUGGAAAGAAAACUUCACAAGCAACCUGAGCUGAAACACGCUUACAAGGAAUUUAUGAAUGAAUAUGAGCAGCUUGGACACAUGCAGUUAGCCCCCAGCAGUACGGAAGCCCGCUAUUACAUUCCGCAUCAUGCAGUGGUGCGCGAAAAUGCACUAUCGACGCGCGUUCGUGUCGUUUUUGACGCCUCUAUGAAAGCUAGCAACGGGAUCAGUCUUAAUGAAAAUUUGCACACAGGUCCAAAAUUGCAAGCAGAUAUCGUCCACCUUUUGAUCAGAUUUCGCACGCAUAGAGUUGCCCUUACUGGUGAUAUUUGUAAGAUGUUCCGCCAAAUCUUGAUACGCCCAGGCCCAGAAGAUAGGCAAUAUCAACACAUACUUUGGCGAGAUGACGAAACUUCCCCUCCAAAAGAUUUUGAGCUGAGUACUGUCACUUAUGGUACCGGCCCAGCUCCGUAUUUAGCGCAUCGCACAAUGAAACAACAUUCAAUAAACGAAAGGCAAGAAUUUCCAGAAGCCUGCAAAGUGUUGGAUGACGCUGUUUACACCGAUGACAUUUUCACUGGUCAUGACACAGUCGAAGAAACUGUGAAUCUGCGAGUUGAAAUCACUAAGUGCUGUGAAAAAGGAGGCUUUCCUGUGAAAAAAUGGAGCAGCAGUCACGCUGAAGUUUUGGAAGGUUUAGAAAAUGGGGAUAUGGCCAUACCGCUGGAAUUUCACAAUGACGCUGAAAGCACCCACGGAGUGGUAGGCGUAAAAUGGCAUCCUUCUUCUGACACAUUUUCUUGCAAUGAAGUGAAUUUAUGUGGCAAACUCACGAAAAGAGGCAUACUCUCAGAUAUCGCAAGAAUAUUUGAUCCCUUAGGUUACAUUACUCCUGUAGCUUUAUGUGCAAAAAUAAUCAUUCAACAAUUGUAG